CCUGGAGCAACUAAAUAUCAAACUUCAACCUCGCAUGACACAAACCCAUAUUGAUAUUUUCUUUUGUGCAAGAUCGAUUUUCAAAAUGAUUACUAAAGGCUGUAUACCUUAUAGACCGCAUGACUACAUGUAUGAUCCCAUAUUCACAGUAUCGGGGCCAGUAGAUCACUAUAAAGCAGCAAUUAUAGCAAAGAUGUCGUCAGUUAAAUUUCAAAUAUGUCCUAUAUUCGCCAAUAUGUUCUCCGACCUCCCUAACCAUCCGAGGGUGCAAAUGGUACAGAGGAGACAAAAACCCGUUAUGUCCUAUCGAGAAAAAAUUGAAGGCUCCAAAUAUAAAGGUUACCAAAAGCAAGUAGACGUAGGAGGUGCAGAUAGAGCAAAGUUUUUCUGUCCGAUCAUUAAUUUGCCACCAAAAGACUUCUUAGGAAUAAUGGCGACCGCUCCGAGAUUCACAAUUGAAAAACUUAAAACCGCUUACGAUGACAGUAAACAAACCGUUAUGCAAGAUGGCAAACCCAAAACGAAAAAUUUCCAAAUGCAAACAAUAUAUCGGGAUUCCUGUGCACAAACUACCCCCUGGCAACCCCCGUAUAAAGUUAUCGGAAAGGGUGAUCCGGAGAUUUUAAAACUGGAGUUUUUAAAAUGGGGUAGUGGCUUACCAGCUGGUGUUCAUGAAGUCAGGCUUAUAGAAAGGGCCAGAAUGAAAAGGGCUUGGGAAAACUCAGUAAAACCUGAUAUAAAUGAUGAGGACUCUUUACAAAGGUUCAGGGAUUACGUGGAGGCUCUGGAAAGGGAUGAAUGGGCUUUCAGGGAGAGAGAAAUUCAAGAAAUCCAUGAUUUAAGGCUGCAUUUAUUGGAGAAGAUGUUAGAGGAUAUUCAUGAACGUUCUCACACUAGAGCGGAACAGAAAAUGGAACGGUUUAUAAAAGCAAAAGAGAAAGAAAAAAAGGAAAAGCUAGAGAAAAUUAAGAAGGAAACUGCAAGAGAAUUAAGAAAAUUAAACUUGGAAGAAAAAGGUUAUAAGAGAAAAUAUCAUCAGGCUGAUAUCAUAGAAGAACAUAUGUCUAGAUCUUCUGAACUGUUCGGUCCUAUGCUCAGAAACGGAGAACAUCCGAAAAGAUGGCAUCAAAUAAUUGACGAAAAGAUGCAAAGAUAUAAAGCGCAGUUUAUUGGUGUGGAACACUUUAGCACUCUUCCCCGCUGGUUGGACCAAGCUACUAACCUCAAAGGCAUCGAACGGAAAAAGAAGGACGAUGGCCCGCAGUUAUGUAUAAGAGAAACGAAAUGGACUGCACCAGUUUUAAAGGAACUUCACGAAGAACUUAUGAAUCUGCGUGGUGAACCCGAGAAAAAGUCAUGCUCAUUAAGAGUUAAAAAUACCGAUAUAGAACGCGAAUCAUAUACACCGGAAGUGGAAGGUAUCCCUGCAGAACAAGAAGAACAAUAUCAGGCAGUUAUUUACUUACAAAGUAUUAUAGAGGGCAGAGCCAGACAAAUGUUGGUUUACGAAGGACGGGAUAAUUGCAAAGAAUUAAUACGGGAACUAAAAUUCUCAGUAGGUUUGCUGAAGAAGCAAAAAGAAUUAAGAUCGAAAGAAAAAUUAAAAGUUAGAGCCCAGCAGAGGGAAGAAACCAUUCAGAGUGUGAUGGUGUCUCGUCUUCAAGGAACCCUAGGAACACUCCAAGGACAGGUGGUAGGUUCCAUCCUGGAUUUCCUUAAUAAGGAACUAAGAAGACUCUUAGAAGAAAGGAAAGCGCAUGCCAUGUGCUGGGUGAAUGAGAGAGAGCGUAAUAUUCGCGAAGCAGCUGAAGCAGGACGUAGACAGAAAGAAAUUAGAAGAAGAAGGGAGCAUGAUGAAAUAUUUAGACAAAUAGUGAAGGUCACACAGGAAUCUGUAGACGUUUAUCUUCAAGACGUAAUUACAGAAGGUUUGAGUUUUGCUACCCAAGAGGAGGCAAGAGCGUACAUUCUAGCUUUAGCAGAUAAACUAGAAAAGGAAGUAAGUCAAAUUGAUGAAACUUACUCCAUGAAGGGUAUUGACUCUGAGGAUGAACUAAUAGCGGAUUUGGUGCAUCAUUUCGUACUUCCAGAAGUGGAAAAGCAAGAGAUUAGGCAAAAAAUUUUGGCGCGGCAGAAGCAAAAGCUAAAAACGAUCCACGAGAAUGUCUACAGGAAACUUGAAACUGUUCCUAAGUUUGAUAAAAAUGUCACUCGAAAUAGGAGCUCGAUAGAAUCGUCAUCCCCAACCAUCGAGCACUAUCAAAACAAAAUGGAUGAAAUGAUGCUUGAAGGAGUACUAGAAAAAAUUUAUACGCCGACUGAAUACACACCAUAUUCUAUUAUACCUGUAGUUGGAACUGCAGAAUUUGCGCCAAAUGGAGUGCAGGCUUCGAUUGAAUCGCCAUCAGCAACGCUUCUGUCCAAAGUAGGCCAACCAGAAGUUGCUGAAGACCCCCACAUUCUAGAGCAUUACUUGAAUAUGCUGGCAGCCCAAGAUGAUUCGGGGCAAAGGGAGAUGACCGAUCAUCCCUUUCAGAUUCGCGAAAGGGUACCGGAAAUUAAUCGUGUUAUUCCUAAUUAUCAACCAUUUAAUAAUGAUCUGGAUACUAUUCCUGAGACUGAACAUGAGACCAGCACUAGUGUUACCACCAAUACGGGGAGCCAAGAUUUAAAUUUAGAUGGAAUGGAGUCUGAGGGUAUUUAGGGACUGUAUAAUAAUUAGAAAUAAAUGGUGUUAUAUGUCA